AUGAAGUUUGUCGGUGCGUUUGCUUUCGUUGGCCUGUUGGCCACCUUCUGCACCCCGCAUGCCAGUGCUAAGUCGAUCGAUAUCGACUUUACGCGGGUCAUUUCGAUCGAGGAGACGGAACGCUACUGGCGCCGCCUACCGGCCGAGAUGCAGUACCUGCGUUCGGUUGAGGAACCACCGCGUCGCAUCACCAACGGUCAGCUAGCGGCGACCGCUCAGUUCCCGUACCAGGCCGUUGUUUACAGUGAUGCCGGCGAUGGCUACUACAGCUUGUGCGGUGGUUCUAUCCUGACGAAAAACUACAUCCUGACGGCGGCCCACUGUGUCACGGACGAUUUAGACCAGACCGCACCGGGUGGUAUCGUUAUUCUCGGUGCUACCGAUCGUACCGUUGUUCAGUCGACCCAACAGCGCAUGACGUUCAGCAAGGCGGGCAUCCGUGUUCAUCCGCAGUACAAUUCGGUCAGCAUCCGGAAUGAUAUCGCUACCGUCCGGUUGGACACACCGGCCGUCUUCAACGCCUACGUGAAUGUGAUCGAUCUACCUGCCCUGUCCGAUGCGCGUCAGUUUGGCGGUGUGGAGGGUACGGCUUCCGGCUUUGGACGUACCACGGACACGUCCGCUCCUUCGUCGGUGCUGAUGUUUGUGCGCAACCCGGUCAUGACGAAUGCGCAGUGCAAUCUUUACUGGAGCACAUCCUCGGUGGAGGCGCAGAACGUGUGUCUUGAUCCGACCGGCGGACGUUCGGCGUGCAACGGUGACUCGGGUGGCCCAUUGACGGUGCAGGAUGCGGGCCGCAGUCUGCAGGUGGGCAUCGCAUCGUUUGUUUCGGCCCGUGGCUGCACGUCCGGGGCGCCAUCCGUGUGGGUGCGUGUGUCUUACUUCCGCGACUGGAUUCGUCAAAAUUCGGACUACGUGUUCCGUGCUUAG